AUGGACACUUUCGCCAUCACCGAGAGUAUUGUUCCCCAGUCGAGUAGUCAAGAUGGCCACGCUACCGAAACGGUCCCGGGCGGAACACUCCCAGAGGGAGCAAACAAGUUUCAACGUGCCAUUGCGGCUUGGAGAGGUAUCGACUUAUCCAAUACGCUCGCAAAGUUGGACAGCACCGCCUCUGAUAUUGUCGCUCAACAGCGGGAUGCACUCGUCCAGAGAAAAGAUCUUGCGCAGAAGACGAAAGACUUUCGAAAGCUUGACGAUUCCUCUAAAUUAGCGGAAUACAAGGGUCUCCUGAAAGCCUACCAAAGCUUUAUCGACCUCCUAACGAACCAAGGAAAGGCCUCGUCUUCCGCGUUCUUGCAACUAUAUUCUUCCUUGUCCGAAGCUCCAGAUCCUUAUCCGCUUCUCGAGACCUCCGUCGAUUCGCUUGUCCUCUCUGAGGAAACUGUCCCCAAGCUAACAUCCGAGCGCGAUCAACUGCAAGGCUCUGUCGACCGCCUCACUUCUCAGUUAGAUGAUACCGAAAAGCGUCUUCAAGAAGAAAGGACUACAAGGAAAAAGUUGGAGGAGAACCAGGAUGUUAAAAUCAAGGAAGUCGAGGAGUCGUGGUCGGCAGUGCUAUCGGAAAAAACGAACAAUUGGACCGCCAAGGAGAAAAGCUUGGAGGAGAAGCUAGAAAAUCAGGAACGCCUCGUCAAGGAACUCAAGGCGAGCUACGAGGUUUCGCAACGCCUGGGUCAAGAAGAUGAAAGCGGCAAUCACUCUCAACAGGGCGCUACCGCUGCGGAGCUAGAGCUGGUCUCUGCUGAUCUGGAGAAGACAAGUCUCAGACUCGCAGAAGUGGAAGCACGCAACGAGCAGUUAAGGCUUGAGCUGGCUCAGGCUGUCUCGCAUUCCAAGUCAGAGCAAACAUCCGUUGAAGAUGAUCCUGCAUACCUUCGCCUCCAAUCUGAAAACUCUUCUUUGUUACGAAAAUUGGAGGCUGCGCGAUUUGACCGAGAAUCUGAACGACAUUCGUGGGAGGCCAAGUUCCACCAGUCAGAGAGGCAGUGUUCGAAGGCUACCGCCGAGAAGGAAGAAUUGAAAUUAAGAUUAGAGAAGGUAGCUGAUUACGAGGACAUUCGUCGGGAGCUCGAGAUGAUCAAAUCAAUCGAGUUUUCAGCUGGUGAUGACGAUGACGCUGGAGAUGUCACCGAUGCUACAGGUGUUACCAACGGUUCCACGGUCAAGGCCAAAGAAGGCGGCAAGAACAGUUCGCUAGAACAACUUUUACUGGCAAGGAACAAGAAGCUCACUGAUGAACUGACCAUUCUGCGCGUCUCGCAUCGCGAUCUUCAAGGCCAGCUGGAGGCUCUACGUGAGGAUCUCUCAACAACACAGCAAGAGCUUGAGAAAUCCCAGAAUCUCUCUACAACUCUUGAGAACGACCUGCUCCGUGUACAAGAAGAGGCAGCAAACGCUUUUCCGUCCUCAGCCAUGUCUGUCGCAGGCACAUAUACCUCGAAAUACCCACACUCCUCUCGCAGGGGAGCAGUAUCGCCUACUUCGUCGAUUAUUUCAGGCUUCGACCAAAGCGCAAUGUCCCACAGCACAAUGGAGGCUAUUCGAGCAGGAGAGCCUGUUGGUGGAGGGUCUGGCCUCUUGCCUAUGAUACAAGCUCAGCGGGAUCGCUUCAAAAAGAAAAACACAGAGCUAGAAGAAGAGCUGUCAAGGCUGUACAAUACGGUCAAAUCGUUGCGACAGGAGGUGGCCUCUCUCCAGAAGGACAACCUUAGCCUCUAUGAAAAGACCCGAUAUGUUUCAACAUAUAGCCGAGGCCAAGGGGCUUCAUCCUCUGCGUCUGCAUACGCGAACACUCCAAGUUCGACUUCCAUCCAUGCGUCUGCCGAAACUCCGUCAGGGCUUUCUAUUGAUCGCUAUCAGUCGGCUUACGAGGCACAAAUCUCACCAUUUGCUGCUUUCCGUGGCCGGGAAUCUGCACGGGCUUAUAAACGAAUGAGCCUACCUGAGCGAGUUGUCUUUUCUCUAACACGAAUCAUUCUUGCAACCCGGACAAGCCGAAUCCUUUUUGCGGGGUACUGCUUUGCGCUUCACUUCCUUCUUUUCAUCAUGCUGUACAUGAUGAGUUCGAUGGAUAUUGAGAAGCACAGUGCAACCCUAGGUGCUACGGCAGCGGCGGCUAUGAAUGGAGGAAGUAGUAGUAGCGGAAAACUCCACGGCGACGACUGGCAACAGGAGGGGUUCAACCAUGCUGGGUAA